UUCAAUACCUUGCAGCUUUAAAUCUCGGCCUGCUUUUAUUAGUGUUCCUCUUCCAUUUCCAAUUUCAAUGUCAACCACCGUGUUAAACUGAGAAUUUUGCAGUAUAUAAGUAGGGAAGGUUGAAGAAAAGUAUCCAAACCCUUUGUUAUGAUUUUAGAGUAAUCUCGAUUGGCUCUUUCUUUUUACCUGUUGUUGCUGGCGAAUUGGGAAUUUUGGGGAUCGCUUCUGUCUCCCUGUCUGUUUUCUUUAUUUUCUCAUACCAAAGUCAUACGAAAUCGAAUGACCAGUACGUCCACGUCCCUGUAGUACCUACCACGUUCAGGUUUUCCAAAGAUGCCAAUUACUUUUCUAAAGCUUGCGGAUCAUAUGAUGUAUCACGUUGUUUGUUUCAUUAUGAGAAAAACGCGUUAUACAAUUAUUGCCGCUAUGCUGUGAUCUUCUUCUUCUUCCACCCUAGACAUUUACACGAAAAGUAGAGAGCCAAUUAAGACGUGGCUCGUGAGAUUUCUUUAAUUUGGUUGGUUUUCAUCAAUAGCAUGAGUGUAAGAUUGAAAUUAACCGCAAAGACUUGCACAAAAGCGGGUCAAUGGGGGAAAAGAUGUAUAGGAAAUUCUAGCACCUCCGUGGAGUCUUUGGAUGUACGUGGACCUGUGGUGGUAUUGUUUCACAUACUUGGGUUAGCCAUGCAUAUAUCCUUGCUUUAAAUCUCGGCCUGCUUUUACUAGUGUUCUUCUUCCAUUUCCAAUUUGAAGGUUGACCACCGUGUUAAAGCAAUUUUGGGAAUUUUGGGAUGGCUUCUAGCUCGAAGUCGUCUGUUUUCUUUCUGCUCUCGUACCUCGUGCUGCUUUGCUCGGCUAAAGAUGACAUUAUUGAAGGAUGUACGAAGGAGUUUGAUUGUGGAAGACCGGGCAUGAAGUUCCGCUUCCCAUUAUUCUCCAAUACCUCAAACCCAGAUUGCGGCUUAUUCAUAAGAGAUUGCGACACAAAUACUCCGAAGAUCCAACUUAUAGUUGGGGGCAGUGCAAGAUCAUAUGAAUUUGUACGCUUCACGUGGCCAGACGUCAUAGUUAUCAAGGACCAACUGCUUCCCGGCAAAUGCGAAUUCCUAACCAAUUGGAGUACUCUUCCCAGCUUUCCAUCCUUCUCUCUUGAAAUUCCCCCACAAAAUCGGACCCUGUAUAAAUGCAAACGCAACCGCAAUGUCCAUAAUAUUUCUCGCCUACCAAAAAGUUUUGAAAGUCGUAGCUGCAAUAAUAAUGAGUAUGAAAUCUGGUAUAGUCAUUCACAGGAGAGGCUUCCGGCCGAUGCUUCUAAAUCAUGUUCAAUUAUUCAGCUCCCAAUAGGCGAUGAUGACUGGUUAGAACCCUUUGAGUUCGAAGUUCUAGUGCGUUGGUCUGAAUAUUGUUGGAAGUGCCAUGAAGGAGGUGGUUAUUGUCAGCGUCGCAAUGAUUGUGUCAAAGAGAAGAAAAGGAAAUGGGUGAUACCAUUAAUAGCCAUUUUAUCUAUUGGAAUUGGGGUUCUGAUCGUGGUUAUAAUCUACUGCUUGAGGAGAAAGUUUCCUUAUUAUUGGGAGAAGGAAAGUGUGUCUCAUCAAAAUAUCGAGGACUUUCUAAGGAGCUUUGGACCUCUUUCUAUAAGAAGAUAUAGUUAUUCAGAUAUCAAGAAAAUAACCAACUUUUUCAAAGAAAAAUUAGGCCAAGGAGGCUAUGGUGGUGUCUACAAGGGUAAGAGAAAAUGGAGAGGAAUUCAUUAA